AUGAACGCUACACAAGAAAAGAUUGAUCAAGUUAAAAAUAAUAUUAAAGGUGAAGAGGUUGAUAUUAGUAAUGAAUCAAAAAAUAUUUAUUUUAAUCCAGAUUUCGCUAAAAAGGUUUAUAAAAUUAGUGAUAUAGAAUUACCAAAUGAACUUUCAACAUCAAAUAAUGAAUUAUAUUUAGAAAAAUUAAAAGGAUUAAUAAUAAAUAAUAUGGCUGUUAAAGGUUUAUUAUAG